AAAAUCUCAUAAAUUAAGACGAAAUAUCUCGCUGGCUCACGACUCUCUGACAAAACCCCAAAAGCAGAAAAACGACAAAAAACCAGCUCCUAACCCUAGAUUUCCCGAUGGCCAGCGACGCCCAGGACUCACAUCGCAAGCACCGCCGGGCCUCUUCCGACGACGACGAGGCCGUCGAGAAGUCGUCCAAGCGCCACAAGCACAGACACCACCGCCGCCACCACCGUCACCGUCACGGGAGCAAAAAGCGCGAAGAGGAGACCAAGACCGUCGUCGACGAUGUCGAAGCUCCUCCAUCGCCGCCUGUUAAGUUAUCUGAUUCCGGUGUCAAUGGUUCUAUGCCUGUUGAAGACGUGGAGGAAGGCGAAAUUCUCGACGAGGAGGGUGUCGGUGGUCGGGACGACGGCGUUUUGAAGACGACAGCGGGCUCUGAUGCAGAGUCUGGUGAAAUUGAGGCUCCUGGAGUCGGCGAUCAUUCUAAUAAGCGGAAUCUGAGAGACAAUGACAUUGAUAAAAAUACAAAAACUGGGGUAGACCUCAGUGGUGAUGAUGAUACCAGCGGUCAUGUUGUUGGUAAGUCUUGGAAUGAGGCUAGUUUGCCUAGAGAUUCUAGUGUUGAGCCUCAAGAUGAAUUAGUUUCCAGUGGUAGUGUAAAGGAUGAUGCCAAUGGAGACUUGGCUUUUCACAAAGAGGAGAAGAGGCGACACAGGGAGUUUGGGUCCCCUUCUAGAGGAAGUGAUAAGCUAAAGAAUUACUAUGAUGAUGAAAAAGAAGACAGGGGUAAAUUAGCAUAUCGAAAAAAGGCGUCAUCUGGAAGUAGUGGGGACAAAUACAAUACCUUGGUGCGCUCACCAUCUGGUGAUAGGCGCGGUGAUGAGCUGCACGGUAGGAGCAGAUCAAGGUCAUACGAUCCUGUGAGGGAGAGAUCUCGCUCCCGUAGUGUAAUAGAAGAAGAGUCUCUUUCGAAAAGGAGAUGUUAUCAUGAACGGGACAGCUCAAUAUAUGUUCAGAAAAGCAAGGCUGUGCGCGGCUCUGAUGAUGAAGGAAUGGCUCGGGGUAUUGACAGUGUUGAUCCGAUGAGGGAUGAUGAAAGGGAACACAAUAUUAGGUAUAGCAGAUACUCUGGAUUAGGUCGUAGUCGAGAAAGAGAGAGAAGUAGGGAGAGGGAGGCGGAUCAGGAACGGAGAAGGGAGAAAGAUCAAGAAAGAAUCAGGGACAGGGAACGGAGAAGGGAGAAAGAAAGAGAAAGGAGUAGUGACAGGAAAAGAGGAAUAGGACGAGACCAUAGCAGGGAAAGAGUGGUUGAUAUGGAAAGGAGAAGGGAAGAGCGGCAUAGGAGCAGGGACAGGAAUAGGGAUGAUAAUAAUAGGAGCAGGGACAGGGUCAAGGAUGAUAGGGACAGAAAUAUGGAGAGGGGCCGAGAUAGGGACAGAAUUACAGACCGAAAAUGGGAGCGGCGAGAUGAUAGAGACUGGGAUAGGGGUCGAGCUAUGGAGAGGGAGAAAUAUGAAAAUCAUGAGGAUAGCUAUGGAAAUCGAGAUAGGCAUAAACAUUCUGCUCGAUCAAGGCAUGAUGAAAAAGAUAUGACCAGGACAGAAGAAGUAAAACUGAUCCAGGAAAGGUACAGAGUCCAAAGAAUUUCUGUUGAAGGUGAUGAAGGCACGAAAGAAAGAGAUGAAGAUGAAGAAGAAGGCAUUCAAGUUGCUGGCCAGGAAGAGGAUGAUGUGGAUAGAAUAAAGGAAGAGUCUCGAAGAAUAAAACAAGCCAUCUUAGAAAAAUAUAAAAGUCAGCAGUCACAACAUACAAAUGAGUUGGGUCUACGAGAACAAACUGAGUCACAGUUGCAGCAGCAAUUUGAGCCUCAGCCUUUGGAGCAAUCAGCAGAUAAAGGUCCUGCAGAUCAUCUGGAGCAAUCAGCAGCUGCUGUCCAACCUGGUCUAGAAACUGACGAUGGAAGGAGUGAUGGAGAUGUGUCUGUUGCUGCAUUUUCUGUUUCACCUCAACAGAAUGGUGCUGAUACUUCUAGAAUGCCUUCUGGUGCCACAGGGCUUGGAGAGGGUACUCCAGAGAGUGAAGGAGCUGUUGGCGUUGAUGAUAUCUUUGGUGAGACCCCGGUUGGAGUACGAAAAUUGGGAAAAGGAGAUCAUGUACGAAUUGAAAGGAGUGGUCUUCAUGAUAACUGGGAUGAUGCAGAAGGGUACUACAGUCACCGUUUCGGAGAAUUACUUGAUGCUCGGUAUGAAAUCACUGCUGCUCAUGGGAAGGGUGUCUUUUCAACAGUAGUCCGUGCAAAGAACCUUACAGUUGGUAAUGGUGAACCUGAAGAAGUGGCAAUUAAGAUUAUACGGAGCAAUGACACUAUGUUAAAGGCUGGUAUGACUGAGUUGACCAUAUUGAAGAAAUUAGCGGGUCAUGAUCCAGAUAAUAAGCGCCACUGUGUUCGUUUUCUGUCGAGUUUCAAGUAUCGAAAUCAUCUUUGUUUAGUGUUUGAAUCCCUUCAUAUGAAUCUUCGCGAGGUCUUAAAGAAGUUUGGGCGCAAUAUUGGUCUUAAGCUAACUGGCGUCAGAGAAUAUGCUAAGCAACUUUUUAUUGCACUGAAGCAUUUAAAGAACUGUGGUGUCCUUCAUUGUGAUAUAAAGCCAGAUAACAUGCUGGUAAAUGAGUCAAAAAAUGUGUUGAAGCUGUGUGAUUUUGGUAAUGCCAUGUUCGCUGGAAAGAAUGAAGUUACACCAUACCUCGUCAGCCGCUUUUAUCGUGCUCCUGAAAUAAUUCUUGGCUUGCCUUAUGAUCAUCCACUGGAUAUCUGGUCAGUUGGAUGCUGUUUGUACGAACUUUAUACAGGAAAAGUUCUUUUUCCCGGUGCUACAAACAACGAUAUGCUACGUCUUCACAUGGAACUGAAAGGCCCUUUCCCAAAGAAGAUGCUUCGGAAGGGAGCUUUUACACAUCAACAUUUUGAUCAGGAUCUGAACUUCCAUGCUACAGAAGAUGAUCCUGUUACAAAGAAGGCAAUCAAUCGGGUGAUUUUUAAUAUAAGGCCAAAAGAUAUUGGAUCACUUAUUACGGGUUCUGGUGAGAAUGCAAAGAUGCUAGCUGAUUUUAAAGAUCUUUUAGAUAAAAUGUUUGUAUUGGAUCCAGAGAAGAGGUUGACAGUAUCACAAGCUUUGAACCAUCUAUUCAUCACUGGCAAGUGAACCCUGUUGCUGCUUUACUGACUCCAGAAUUCCUAUUGAGCUAGAUAUUUGUACAUUUGACCUAAUUUAUACAGUUUCUAAUAAUUGGGCAUUAUCUCUCUUCUCUGUGAUGGCCUGAGAGCUUUUGGCACAGUUUUGGCAUGGUUGAAGUCAAAAGGGGGUGAUGUUUUGGUCAGGAGUACUCAUUACUGGCGGGGGUUCUUUCAGUGGAUUGUACUGUUUCUAUCGUAAGACAACUAGCCAAAGGCGUCUUUUCCCCCCUGUAAUCAUUCAUGGAUAUGUGAUAAUGCUAUGAGGCAACCCUCCAGUGCUUAGAUGCUUAAAAGGAACCCAGGAGAAGGUACCUUGGUUUUUCUUAUUAGGAGAAUAUUGUGAGGGACUUAGAAAUAAAUGUCAUUCUGAUGCAUGCUUUGCCUUUCUGUUGUUCCUAGAUAAAGCUACUGGGUCGCUUGGAAACCUAUUUAAAUUGAAUCUUAGUGUCACUGCUCUAGAUUAAGUUGGCUUCUUUUUGGUGUGGGGAUGGUUACUUUAUUUACUUACUCGAGUAUUAGUUAUCUGAAGUGUAUGUGCAUGUGCAUGCAUUCUGAAAUGUGCAUUGGAACUUCUAAAUCAGGGUUCAGUUGAUGCGUUGUACCAUGUCAUGUUUGUUUUCUUUGACGUGUUGUAUUCAGACAUCUAUGUUUUUCUUUCAGUCUGUCUGUGCUUGAGAGCGUUGUAUGUUACUUUUUGUUUGUUUGUUUUACCUUUUAAAUAAAUACAUAUCCUAAUGAGAUUGCAUUGCAUCUGAUUCAUGGCCAUUCUGGAGGCACUUGCACAGGAGGCAUGAGGCUGCUGCUGGAUCUAUAACAAAUUCAGAGGUAUGGCCCCCAUGCUCCUGCUCCUGCGCCAUCUGUAAGUAUAUUUAUGUCUAACUUGGUGUGCAUUUUGUGUGAAGUGAAAUUUAAAUAAGGCUAUAACUUUGACACUGGCUAAAACAGUUGUGUUAAGACUUUAGGAACCUAAAGAAAACACAAUUUAAUUCCUAUUGAAAAAUUAAAACAUAACUAGCAUAAUUAGUUUCCCUUGAAACUGAUGUACUUAUGGAGGUUGCUUAACCUUAUUCGAUUUCGCGACAUUGAUCAGCACUUUUGAACACCUGGAAGGAUACAAUGCCAUGAAAUCAAAUAAGGUUAAGCCACAUUGUCGGCCUGCACAUUCAGGGGUUGAUUCUUGUUAUUUGUUGGCUACUCAAAAAUAUUGCCUGUGCGGAUGUGCUUUAUUUGUUUUGGCUUCUCUGGUACACCCGACUUUAGUUUUUUCUUAACACUUCAAAUCUUUUGUUGUACUUCCAUAGUAUCAUAGCUUUACUCAUAUUUUUCUCUAAGCCCAACUUCUCUGUGAGGUUAUCAUGAAUUGAAGGAUACCAUUUGCUUAUGAUUCUGUUGUCCGUUUUGUUUGAUGAGCGUGAAAGAACAUGCUAUUUUUCUUGCCCACCGUUUUCAAUUAUUACCUUGCAUUGUCGUUUUAUGCACAUAUGCCAGUUUUGGAAUCAUUGAUAAGCUCGAUUGUUAUCAUAAUUUGGUUUGUAACGUGUUUUUGGUGUAAUUAGUUAUGGUUUUACUCUGGUUUUUGUUUGAUGUCACCGCCAACAACUUCUCCCUGAUCUAAUAUACUCUUAGUUCACGUUAAGCCGGGUUGAUUUGUAAUUGGAGAUGAAACCCAAGAGGGUCUUUGAUUUCUUCAAUCCUUCUGGAUUUGGAUUGAUUUUUUAGGGGGCUCGGUCCGUUUUUCUUGGUCUGGUGUUAUUCUUUGUUUGUGGCUACAAUAGCCAAGAUUUGCUCUUUAUCCCUGCUGUCUACAACGUGAAGAAAGUCAUUUUUUCGAUUUUCCACCAAAGUUUUAUUCGAAAUUAGACGAUGCAAGGGUCUGUUUCCUUUUGGUUACGGACAUGCAUAUAGCAAGGGAAUAGAGACAUAAUUUUUGUAAUACUUAAUUUACUAUAUAGUACGGCAACUACUGUUGAUACUGUAUAUUUCAAUCGAUUCUGUAAGGAGAUGGAUUUGUUCUCCAACGUUUGAUGCCGAAAAUUGUUUAAUUUUACUGAAUCUUUAUAUA